AUGAAGUCCCUACGAGUACAGUCCGCUCUCGGGCUCCUAUCCCGACCCUGCGUCGCUCCGACCGUCGCCGCCCCUGCGCUCAGGAUACAAGCACGAUGGGCGCAUAAGUCCACACAACAAUCCGAGAUUCCCCAGAUCCCGGCCCCGAUUCCUUUCGUCCCCGAUGUCGAAACCUUCCUCACCGUGAUCGGCCGCGGCCUCAAACAGCACGCGUCCAAGUUCCCCACGUGGGAUGCUCUCUUCACCCUGACUUCGGACCAACUCAGAGAACUCGGCGUCGAGCCUCCACGUACGAGGAAAUACCUCCUAUGGUGGAGGCAACGGUUUAGGGAGGGCAAGUUCGGUAUUGGUGGCGAUCUGAAGCACAUCGAGAACGGUUCUGCGGAGCUGAGGGUCCGGGAGGAGGACAAGUCUCCGCUGGUCCGUGUGCGGCGUGUUGUGAACGUGCCGCCCGGAAAGAAGAUUGAGGAGGUAUCGCCCUCGGACAUGGUUCUGGUCAACGGCUUCAAGGUCCAAGGGGUCCGCACCAUCGUCGGCCCGUAUGCGCUGCCCAUGAAGUACGGCGGCGCGCGUAUCUCGGUGACCGAGGGCAUGUGGGAGGACAAGAGGGGGCACAAGGUGGACGGUGGUGAACGGAGACAGGCCGAGAUCCGCUUUAAGAGGCGCGUGGCGGAACGGAAGGCGCUACGGGAAUCACAGGGUUUCUAUUAG